AUGACCAUCGCCAAGCCGGUCCUGCACAAGGUUGUUGGCUACCUGGAGGCGCAGGCCUCGGAGCUGAUCUGGAAACCUCGGUGUUCCGAGACGAUCGCAUGGGAACAGACCCAGGGUAUCUCUGCCAAGGACAGGACAUCCAAGUACACAGACCCCCGAGGUGACUGGAGUCAAGGAUACGGUUACAUCACGCAUGAUGGUUUCUCGACAACUGUUGUGCAGAGCCAGGUUCUGGACCGGACUGCGACUGGCGGAUGGUGCACUGAAGAGUUUGGUCUGUAG